AUGUGUGUUGCUGAAAUCAGCAAAUCUGUUCCGUUGAAUGAGGAAGAAGAGUCGCACGCCCUGAAAGUAUCAGACAUGGGUCCGGAUGGAAGGGGGAAAAUUCGGUAUCUUGGCGGAUGGGCAACGCAUAAGUUGUUGGAAAAGUCCCGAAGAUAUGUCGUGGAAAACAGAUAUUCCACGUCACGAGAAGUCCUUGAUAAGGUCAUCAAAGAAAUGAAGAAGAUCACUCUGUUAGAGGAUAACGUCGUUGUUUCGAGUCAGUUCAUGCAGGAAACCUCAGAAGUUCCAGAAAUCCUACAAGUUACUGAAUCAAGACAAUACCGAGAACGUGGGCUACUCAACAUAUCUGACUCAGCGUAUGAGUUUUUCCUACUCUUGGAACAACAUAGGAACGACCACAUCAAUUUCAAUCGACUUGCUCAGCUUGGAUCCGACUUGAUUGAUGAUUCUGUCGCCUCAGUUACCAGGAACGAAGUUGUACAAAAUAUGUUUCUGAAUCUUUUCUGGUUAGAUAAUGCAGAAGAAAGGGUAGGUACAGAAUCAUAA